AUGGCACCAACGGGACUGUUGGCAUACCUCAAGCUCCUUUUCAUAGCUAAGAUUGUUCGUUUACAGUACAAUUUGAAGUUCAAAGUGGGCAUCCUCUUCGGCCAGAUUCAGUCCGCACGCAUUGUUCCUUUCCAGUCGAUUAGUAUUCCAUCUACAAAGAGUAGCAGACAUAUUCAAGUGAAUAUCUAUCGUACAAAGGCAGCACUAGAAACCAAAGGUCCCGUUGCCGUCCAUCUCAACUGGCAUGGCUCUGGCUUCUUGAUUAACUCAUUUGGCGAGAAUAGUGUCUUCAUCGAACACUUAUUAAAUCAUCCCAUUCUGGUGUCAUAUCCUCUAGCAAUAUUCGACUGUGAUUACGCCAAAGCGCCAGAACACCCGGCUCCAGCAGCUACAGACGACGCGGAAGAUGUUGCCAAUUUUGUGCUCAGUCAUCCUGAAGUUUACGAUACCUCCCGUGUGACACUGGGCGGGUUUAGCGCUGGUGCGGCGAUAGCGCUAAGUCUCAGCGCCGUUUUUGGCGAACGAGCACGAAAUGAAAGAAAGCCUCAUCCCUUCAAAGCCGUGAGCGCAUAUUACCCUGUAGUCCAGCUAGGCGGGCCACGUGCGGAUCCCCAGAUCCCUCCCGGCCCGCAGACAUGGCCCGGCGUCUUCCUUGACAAAUCUAUCACGGACCUCUUUGAUGCGUGCUACUUCUUCACGCCCACUCUCAACGAACCAAAGACAGCAGAAGAGGAUGACGCCCGUGUUCGAAAGCUUCAGCAAGACCCGCGUAUCAGUCCUGCUCGCGGGGCUGCAAGGGACUUCUCCGAGCAUAUUCAUCUCGUUACCUGCGAGUAUGAUCAUUUGAACUUUGAUGUGGAGAGAAUGCGCAAGACACUCCAGGCAGAGCCAGGAAAGCAUGUCUAUGGCAAACUCAUUCCCGGAGUCGGACAUUCAUGGGAUCUUAUGGUGCUACCAGGUAAACCAGGUUUUGGUGAACGUCAGGAUGCGUACAACGAGACAGCCAAGGUGAUCGCGAGAGCCGGUCGAGUCAAGGUCGACAUUUAG